UUGACAUUUUCGGCGAGAAUAUAAAUAAAUACUUCCCGUGAAAAUUACGUGUAAUACUGAGAGUGGUUUAGAAUUUUAUUAAAUGGUAUGAUCAGAUUUCGAACUGAUUUACAUCGGUAAAGAUGGAGAUUCCUUACAGGAAAAUAUUUAUAUAUAUAUUAACCUUCGCUGCCUAUGCAUACACGGGUAUAGGCUCGAGCAUGUUACGGAAUUUAAAAGAUGCAGUAUUGUCCGCUGAAUCAGUUUUCGGAGACUUGUUUCGCAAUACUAUCACGGUCGCUGAAAAGUUCAAAUCAUUGCACGAAAUAUUUGAUGCAGCUGUGGAAGAGGAAUGUAUAUUCUCAUGUCCUGAAGGCCAAAAACCAGUCAGGAAUAGAAAUCAUAUACCAAAGUCUGAUGGCUGUGGUUCCCUUGGGUUCGAAAUUUCGUCAGAAUAUUUGCCCCUGGAGCAGAUGACCAGUUGCUGCAACACACACGACAUCUGCUACGACACAUGCAACAGUGGCAAAGAAGUGUGUGAUCUAGAAUUCAAGAAAUGUUUAUACAAUUACUGUGAUUCUUAUAAAUCUGUAAAUGUAGCUGGUGAAACAAUAACUAAAGGUUGUAAAGCUGCAGCUAAAUUGCUCUUUACAGGCACAUUGACCCUCGGCUGUAAAUCAUAUCUGGAUGCACAGAAAAAUGCUUGCUACUGCCCACCUCCAAAGAACAAGUAUAGAAAAUAUACAACAGGAGAUGGAGACCUUUAGGUUAUGGUGUAGAUAGAGAUUAGUUAUAUACAUAAUAAUUUUAUCUUGAGCUAGGUAGCCUUAUUUCCAAAAGUGUUGUAUUUUAGUCAGCUUAGCACCAAUGUCAAUAUAGUUUUAUUCUAGUAGCAUUUAAUUUCUGCUGUUUUUUUUUUAUUUUACCUUGCCAGUGUUGUUCUUAUUUCUUAUAUUCAUUAUUUCUUAAGUUGAUAUGAGGCAGUAAAUAAUAAAUAUAAUGUAACAAUUAGGUUGUGUGGCUGCCAAAUAUUAUUUAGGAGAUAUUUCUCAUUAAUGAAAAUAUUAUGAAAUACAAUAUUGCCAGAAAAUUGUAACAGGCAAGCUAAACUAAGACAAAUCAUAACAUAGCAGUAGGCCUGUAGCAUUUUUAUUUGUUUUUGUGAUAAUGUUGUAGUGAUUAUUCUUUUGGUUGGAUCAAUAAUAUUAGUUAAUUUUGUUGUUCCUGUUACUAUAUAUAAGUUUUAAUUUGUUAUGAUACUUGGGGAAAAUAAUCAUGCAUGAUGGAAAUGUUUGGGAAUGAAAUAUUUUUGUACAGUUAAUAAAAAUAUUCUUACAUUA